AGAAAGAAAGAAAGAAAAAAGAAAGAAAGAAAGACUGCAGCACAUCUUUCCGAGGAUUUUACUGAAGAUAUUGAAACUAUUUUAAGGAGGAGUUAUUGAUUCAGGCUUCCUUAAGGACAUACUGGACAUGGAAACAAAUAGAAGAUAUGCCUGACCUCUGAUGAUGGACAGUGUGCUUUUUAAGGACUCACAGUAACAGGAUUUUGAAACUUCUGCUUUGUUUGAGACAUUUUUUUUCCCCUAAUGGGACUUUACCUGAUGUGAGGUGACUUUUCCAGAGGAAUUUCUGCUUCUCUCAUAGAUGUUCUUGAAGAUAAAUCCUCUCUUGAGACGUGGACAUGUUUGAACAUUUUUAAUCUGACUAUAAAAAUAUAUUUCAUCUCAAAUAAAAUUAAAUAUGCACUGCUAUUCUAUAGACAGUUUUACCAUUUUGGCCACAAAUUCAUGUUGGUAGCUCAUUGAUGCUCCUGUUUAUGUGCCUGUGAAUGUGUCAUAGGUUGUGAGUGGUGAGCCAGCUGAAGAUAUAAACUGCUGAAUAUUUAGCUAGUUCUUUGUGAACACAGCACACAUUAUAAUUUUUUUUUUUUUGCCUUCAUCUUAAUCCUAAUCCAGAGGAGGAAAAAAAAAUCAAGUUUUUUCACCUGCUCAUCUGCAGCUAUUUUAAACCUAAAGAAAAAGAGAAAUGGCACAGAAAGACGGAGGAACAGAGCAGGGGCGUGUCAAAACAGAGGACAAUCUAGGGGCUAAAGCCAUGGCUGGGGGUCCUACAGCUGGUGGAGGAGUGGUGGUCGAGGUCAGGGAGAAGAAAGGCCCCCUGAGAGCUGCAAUUCCCACAAUGCCUUUUCCUUUGGCAGUCAUCUGUCUUUUUCUGAACACCUUCAUACCUGGACUUGGUACCUUCAUCUCAGCAUUCACGGUGCUGUGUGGCGCUCGCAGUGAGCUGAUCUCAGAGCGAGGUGUUUGCUGUGUAUUCUGGCUCAACGUAGCAGCAGCGCUGAUCCAGAUACUCACAGCUGUGAUCAUGGUCGGAUGGAUCAUGAGCAUCUUCUGGGGAAUGGACAUGGUCAUCCUGGCAAUUUCCGAUGGCUGCAGAGACCAGGGGGUUCCUCAAGACGUGUGAGGGAACCCACUCUCAUGCUGGCUGAUGGGUCACACGGACAGUUUGACCCGUCUGAACCUCCCUUGAAGGUGACUUUUUCAUUAGUAAUGACCUGGAGCUGACAACGGGCAGAGGCAGAGACACGCUGAAUGGAAUCAUUAAUUUGAAGUGAAGCGAGAGACUGCCCCUCGUGGAAUAUCUUUAAUCGCUGGCUGCUGAUUGGUCACAUUUACACUUCCAGUUUAAAAGAAAAGGAUGUGAAAAAGAUACUUAAUAUUUACAGUCGCAAGAAAUAUAACGGAUAAUAAAAAAAAAAAAAAGUGUUUUAUUGUGUUGAGUAAUUAUAACAGUGAUGUUGGAUUUCUGUCUUUUUUAUUUGAUUUAUUUGCCAAAAAUUAUAAAGGACAUGGAGCAUAAGGACAUUUUAUGUGCAUUAGAUCUGUUGUUUAAGCUGCCACAGGAUUUUUGUCACAUGGUCUAAAUGUUGUUUCAAAGACUAACCUUGGCCUUAGCUUCUUGCCUUUCCCUUACACUUUCCUGUAAUACUGCUCUGUAAAAGUACAAUAAGUUUCUGCUUUUUUUUUUUCUGAUUAUUUCAGUUUUGCAGGGUUCUCACAUCUCCAGUCUUCUCCACAAUGUUAGGAUAUACAGUAACAGCCACAGCACGGCACAUCGAGGUUUAUACAAAAUAAUACUGACUCACAACAUCCGACAGUCAGGCCGCAGGACUCCAGGCUGUGAAACAAACAUGUCUUCCUCUGGAGCGUGUCAUGAUUAAACUGCAUCUGGCCUUGCUACUCAAUAUUCAAUACAGUCUGAAUGAAAAUGUGAUAAAGCUAAAAUGUUUUGGGUUUUUUUUUUUUUCUGCAGUGGUAGGGCAUCUUUGACAUGCACAAACACGAUGUGCGUGAGCCUAAAAUAACCCCUGAAAAGCCGUGUUAAAAAUGACUCAUGCUUCCUGAUGAAUAUUUGAUUUGAAUUUUCAUACUUCUUAAAUGUGUAACUCAGCGCCGAAAGGAUGUUGCACAUUAUUCAAGCACUGUAUCUAAUUAACGGUCUCAAAAUAUCAGCUCCCACUAUUUAUCACUCUGGAAGCCAUUCUGUCUGUCACAUUAUGAUGAAGAUAAAGUUACAGUAACACACGACAGGCUCGUGUUUGAAGCUCAUUUAAAGUGACUGAGACGCAGUCUGAGCCGCCAGCUCCUCCCAUCAGAAACUCAGAUAAAUCUGAAAUAUUUAAAGCUGAUUAAUUUACUGUUUUGUGUCAUUGCGCAUAUUCAUAUGGUGGUGGGGUGAGACUGAAGAAUGUGGCCUCAGUUCUACUGUGUAAGAGGUUCUUAGGCUAAAAAGGGGUUUUAGGAUGCGCAUCACUCAGUAAAUUGCAGUGGAAAUGUUGAUUUAAAUCAAGCCUUUCCCAUGAAACCCCAGCAAGCUUUCUCAUGCACUACAUCAUUGGCCUAUUUCCCUUAAAAAUACCCAAGAGUAUAACAAUGCCAAUGAAAAAUGCUUCAUUAGAUCAAAAUCAUUGAGCCUGUUGGCAGGAAAUAAGUGCUUAGCUU